GAUGUAGAUUAAUCAAUUUGUUUAUGUUUAUCCAGUUAAUCUCUAUGUGUUCAUGAGGAAAACAAAUGUUUCAGUUUCACCAUUCAAAUGACAUAAAAACAGGGUUUGACAUGACAGUUAAAUCUGCUUUAAGAAGUUCAGCAACAGGAUAGAUUUAAUUAAUAAUUUUGAAAUGGGUUUUAUUUGACUUUGGGUAAAAUUAUAAAUGUUAUAUUUGAGAAAGAAAGAAAGAAAGAAGGAAAGAAAGAAAGAAAGAAAGAGAGAAAGAAAGAAUUUGAAGCACAGAUAUUACUGCCGGAAGUGACGUAAUAUUCGCGCAUGCGCAGACUAGCUGGGUGCCAUCGCAGAUCGGGAAGCGUCAGGUCUAAACAAAUGCGAACUAGGGGGAUUUUGAGGCUUUUCCCGACCUGGGUCGGACUGAACCGUCAUUCAACCCUGUCCGGAACAUCGACCCGAACCUCCGGAGCUUUCCGGUGAAAUUGAGUUCAGCUCGCGGCAGCUGCACUUCUCUGAGGAUGUCGUCCUUUAAAAUACCAAAGAAGAAGCAACCUGAAGGCUCAGACUCCUCCCACUUUCAUGUGCAGUCUCCACUGUCCCGCCUCCAGAGUUCCGCCCCACUGGUUAAGGGUUACGGGGAUUCCUCCAGCAGAGGCAGGUUAGACAGUCAGCAUAGGGGGGCUCUCAGCCCUGCAGCUGGGAGAGACAGGCCUUUGUUCAGAGAAGUGGUCAAAACGCUGCUGGGACUCAACAGCCCCAAUGAAGGCGGAGUGUCAGCAGCCAAUCACAGGCCGCCGGCGAGCUGGAGCUGCCAGUCACAGGCUGGAGGAUGGCGUCCUAAGAGAGCUUCAGACCGCCUGCUGCCACCAGACAAAUCACAGCCCCUCCACCAACCACAGAGGACAGGCGGGGCAGGUGUGUCCCUUCCCCUCAAAAACACCUCUGUGGAUUCUCUGGCUGAGCUGAGAGCAGAGGGGCAUGCUGGGAGUUGGGGUUCAGAUUCACUGCAAACAGGAGGCGAAUCUACAAAAGACACAGAUGACAGCAAGAUUAACUCAGGAAAACCCCAGAACCACUGUCAGAGUUCUGGACCAACAACCAUCUCAGAGGACUGGGCAACUUCACCAACCAGAACCAGAAUCAAGAUCCGGCUGUCGGCAGCCUCUCCUCUCUCAGAUGUCCGUCAAACCCCCCCCAGCGUGGAGAGGUCCAGUGGGAGGCGGAGCCUGGAUGUGCCCCGGCAGGAUGUGAUGGAGGACCAGAGAGACAGAUGGAAGCGGUUCAGAGAGGGGCGGAGCUCCGUUUCCCGUCCAAAGAAACCCAGAGUCACUCCAGCAGAACCCAUUGUUCUGUCCAGUGAGGAAGAGGAGGAGUCAGGGAGGCGUGGCCUGAGGGGGCGUGGAGGAGGAUCCGCGGCACAGCGGCCCCUCCCACCUGUGUCUCCGCCCUCCUUCCUGCAGUUGCAGUUCACCUCGCUGCACGCCGGACUCAUGCACGCGCACGCCAACGGAGCAGCAACGAUCACAGAGGACUCCAUCACACUUCCUGUCAAAGGAGCGGAUGAAGGCCAGCUGGUGGUAGUGGCGUCUCAGGUUUGUGGUUACGGAGUGUGGGACGGGGGCGUGGCUCAUAGUGGAACUCUGCUAGCGAGCUGGGAAGGCCCCGCCCCCUCGCUGCUCUUUCUAUGGGUGUCGAACGCCCAGGCUAACCUGCUGCACAGAGAACUGUCGGCCAUCCGGACGCUGGGCGGCGCCACAGGGCCUUCCUGCUGCAUCCUCCUGCUGGUUCUGAAGGAGCAGCUGCAGGAGCUCCAGGCCGCCCUGCUGGCCUCCAUCCUGGAGCUGCAGAGCUACCAGCAGGGCCGCUCCUCCCAUGGGGGGCCGGCCUCCCCCCUGGACUGGGCAGAGGGGCUGACGCUGGUGCACAGCUGUCCCUCUCCGGUGGACCGGCACCUCCUCCGUCUGCUGGGACGCUUGGCGGGGUCCGAUCAGCUUAGGAGCAGUCAGAAGAACAAAUCCAAACCAGGACUGUCAGAUCUGCCCUCCAGGCUGAUCCAGUACCCCGUCUCUCCAUGUAAGGGUCGGAUCACUGUGAGCCUGGAGGACCUGGCCUGUCUCCACGCCGGCGAGUUCCUUAAUGAUGUCAUCAUCGACUUCUACCUCAAGUACCUGGUCCUGGAGGGCGUGGCCAAUGCCGUGGCUGAGAGGACCCACAUUUUCAGCAGCUUCUUCUUCAAACAGCUGAGCCGGCGCCACACAGCUGGAGAGGAGGAAGAGGACUGCGCCCCCUCUGUCCCAGACCGCCGCCGCCGACAUCAGCGGGUAAAGACGUGGACGCGCCACCUGGACAUCUUCACCAAAGACUUCUUGUUCGUGCCUGUCAACCAAGCUUCCCACUGGUUUCUGGUUGUGAUCUGUUUCCCGGGUUUGGAAGAACCUCGUCAAGAUCAGCACCAGACUCCUCUAUCACCCGGAAAGGUGGUGGGGCUGAGGUCUGCGCCGCCGCCGGAGUGCACUCUGGAAGGCUGCAACAGAAGGACUGUGAUGAAGAGGCCCUGCAUUCUGGUCAUGGACUCUCUGAGGAUGUCUUCACAUGAUGGUGUCUGCAGGCUGCUCAGAGACUACCUGCAGGUGGAGUGGGAAAUGCGCAGGAGGACGCCGCGCCUCUUCAGCGUGGACACGAUGAAAGGGUAUUCCUGCAGAGUUCCUCAGCAGGGCAACUCUAGCGACUGUGGCGUUUUUCUGCUGCAAUUCGCUCAGAGCUUCCUGCAGAACCCCGUUGUGAACUUUGAUCUGCCGCCACGGUUGGAGAACUGGUUUCCACAGCAGCAGGUCAGACAGAAGCGCGAGGAGAUCCGGAGUCUAAUCCUGAAGCUGCAUCAGAACCAGCUGAGCCACGAGUAACCAGAACAUCUAGAACUGGAUUGGAGCAGAACUCUAGAACAAAACCAGAACAUCUAGAACCCGGCUGAAUCACAACACCAGGGUGAAAACCCAAACUUUGUCUCUGCUUCAUCAGUUUGUUCAACCACGCAUUCCUGUUUUAUUGAAUAAAAUAAUUUAUUUAACUA